AUGCUAGAAGACGAUGCCCCUACAGCAAAGGGAGCUGCUGGAGGUGUACAGGCACAGAAACGGAAGGCCUUACAAACAUCGUACUCGCCUGAAUCUUCUCGCCUACGGUUAGCCUGUGACAGGUGCCAUGCGCACAAGCUACGGUGUCUCCGGUCAGAGAGCACAGAAGCCGGCGGUAAAUGUGAUCGCUGUCGUCGUGCGGCUGUUCAAUGUAUCUAUAGCCCCCCCAAUCGCCUAGGCCGACCAGCACGAUCAGGAACAGGACAAAAAUCUGCUACCCCGUCCGCCGCCGUGUCCAACAAAGAGGCAAGGAAUAGCCCGCGAAGCAGCCCUCGUAAUACCAACGUGUGGCCAUCCCCCAAAUCCCCGCAACCUCCCAGCUCGGUCUUGUAUAAUGAUAUAUCCACACAUGGACCCAACAUGGAUAUCCUAGCAGAGGAUUCGGGGACCUUUGAAGAUCUUCAUUUGAGCGGGUCCCAAUUGAAGCUUGAUAUGAUGCCCCUUUUUAAUAGCAAAAACCCGACAUUUGAAGAUUCCAGUAUCGACUUCAACGGACAAGUUUUUUCUCCGGAAAGUGUGGUCCAGGACAAACCCAUAUCGUUUGCGGGUGGUUCCAACGCACAUACUUCAGGGGACAUUGCAAUGGCCGAGGAAAACGCAGACGACUGUGUUCGAAGGCUCACUGAUCUAGGACUUGCACAAUAUAAUCAACUUCGACAGCUUAAAAGGAUGAGAAGCUGUACCAGCAGGGAUAAGCAGAGCCUACUCACUCUAUUGCGCAGUUACCCCAUCCAUGAGAUAAUGGAGACCGCACGACAACUCACAGAGCUGGCUGAUCAGUUUAUACAAACGCCAGCUCCCGGAGAUGAUAUCUUAGGCUCCUCUUCUCCAGAUUCAGCUGGCGAGCCGGUCCCGGACUUAGAAUCACCCUUUUUAAGUGACCCUAUGGCGAUACACGAUUUCUCAGACCUUUUGUCCCAGCCCUUCUUGGAUAUGCUAGCUACUCCGAAGAGUAUUCUGAGCUCUAGUGGUAGUAAUAGUCAGCAUUCGCCUGGUACGACCGGUAGUGGGCCUCAGAUAGAUACCUCGACGAUGCUGCACACCAUUUCGUGUUAUCUUCGCCUAGCUCGGCUUUUCGUCCUAUUCUUCACCGAUCUUCACGACUUCUUACUCUUCCCCAACCUUACUGACCCAAUACUCAACGAUAAGUCCCGGCUGUUCCCGGGACUAAAGCUCGGCUCCUUCCAGCCUUACGUGGGGAUGGAACUAGAAAUUUCGAUUGUAGUUCAAGUUAGCGAGCACAUACUGAACCGCCUAUGCAACUCACUAGGGUUACCGCAAGGCCAACAGUCAGCUCAAAAUAAGCUUGGAUCCGAAAUUAUCACGCCGGCCAUGAUUCAGGCCGUGCAGACACAGGAGAGACUCGAGGCUCAGGAUGAAAGGGGCGAUACGUUCACACGACUCCCAUUAGUGAUAAAAAAUGUCAAGAAGAUGGUUAAAAUGAGAUCAGCCCUAUAG